GUUUCAAUUUUUCAGCACACCUCUUUCCGUUUCUCAAAAGAAAAAAAAAGACACCCCGGUCCAUGGCUUCUUCUUCUUCGGUAAAAAAAUCACUGGGUGAACUCAACAAAGACUCAUUCGUAACCCUCCUGACAAAGCUAAUCGGCGAGUCCAAAUACGUACAGAACAACCCACCGGAGCUCAUACCGGAGGAGGACAGAAUCGUGAAGCACGUCCUCGAGACUCUCCUCCCCUACAGCACCACGACAGGCGGUGGACCUCUCAUCGUCAACCAUGUCACAUACCACCCCAACAGAGGCAACCUCAUCGUCGAGUACCCAGGAACUCAACAAGAUCAGAUCUUGUCCUUCGUCGGAAUGCACAUGGAUGUUGUCACUGCCGACCCUAGUGAUUGGGACUUUGAUCCUUUCUCUAUGACUAUAGAUGGUGAAAAGCUUUGUGGCCGUGGAACAACUGAUUGUUUGGGGCAUGUUGCUCUUGUAACUGAACUUAUGAAGAGGUUGGGCGAGAGAAAGGCAAAGUUGAAGUCGACUGUGGUUGCUGUCUUCAUAGCCAGUGAAGAGAACUCAUCCAUUCCUGGGGUUGGUGUGGAUGCAUUAAUGAAAGAUGGCUUGCUUAAUAAGUUAAAAAAUGGUCCUCUCUUUUGGAUUGACACAGCUGAUAAACAACCUUGCAUUGGUACUGGUGGUAUGAUACCAUGGAAACUUCAUACCACCGGAAAGCUUUUUCACAGUGGUCUAGCACACAAGGCUAUAAAUCCUUUGGAGUUGUCUAUGGAAGCACUUAAAGAGAUCCAACUGCGGUUUUACAAAGACUUCCCCCCGCAUCCUAAAGAACAAGUUUAUGGAUUUGCAACACCAUCAACUAUGAAACCAACUCAGUGGAGUUAUCCAGGCGGUGGUAUCAAUCAAAUCCCAAAAGAGUGUACAAUUUCGGGAGAUGUCAGGUUAACUCCAUUUUACAAUGUAACAGAUGCUAUUAAGAAGCUACAAGAAUAUGUAGAUGAUUUGAAUGCCAACAUAGAGAAGCUAGACACAAGGGGCCCGGUGUCAAAAUAUGUCCUGCCCGAUGAACAGCUUAGGGGGAGAAUUAAAAUCAGUUUCGAUGAGGCAUUCUCUGGAGUUGCUUGCGAUCUUGAUUCGCGUGGCUUCCACGUGUUGUGCAAAGCCACUGAAGAAGCUGUUGGACGUGUCAAACCUUACUCUAUCACUGGGAGUUUGCCACUCAUACGAGAAUUGCAGGAUGAAGGCUUUGAUGUUCAAACUUGUGGCUAUGGGUUAAUGGCCACAUACCAUGCCAAGAAUGAAUACUGUCUUCUUUCCGACAUGUGCCAAGGCUACCAGGUACUUGCCAGCAUCAUUUGCCAAUUAGAAGACUGAUCAAUAUUCGAAACCUACAUGCCGGCUUAUACCACCAAAACCAUAUUGAUGAAGACAUGACAUACAAAGUGAAGUAUAUCGAUAAAAACUGUUGCUGAAAAUAUUAUGCUUUUUAAAUAAUAUCCAAUCCCUUAACAAAGGGUUUAAUCAUAUUAUUUAGAAGUUUGCUAAUCUGAAUAAUAUGUUUUUGUUUUUCCUUCUUCAUUUGGUACAUAUGAUACUCUCUAAUGUGAUGUUUCAGUAAUCUUUGGUUGGAUGCCCAUCUUGGAUCCAUAUUUUUCA